AAAAUUAUUUUCGUGGCAUUUAAAAGUUUUUGAAAGAUAUCUUUUGGAGAUGGACAGCAUGCGAGCAGUCGUCUACCUGUCUGUCUGUUUGUCUGUGAUGACAUCAGUCUGUCAGGGUGAAAGGUCGUCCGAAAACCAGCUGCCGUCUGCAACAGAUGAGCAGAUCCUCGGACUCACAACUGGUGAACUGGCUGAAGCUCUACAGGGCCUCCUGGAAGAAGCCGACAGCAGAGUCGGGCUCUCUGUGGAGAAGAAGGCCAGCGUCAUCCCACGGUGUGAUGUAGGUGAGCGUUGUGCGAUGAAACAUGGACCUCGUAUUGGUCGCCUCUGCGACUGUCUGAGAGGAACAGCUUGCAACACCUUCUUCCUGCGAUGCUACUGAACACCUAAACACAUAAUUACCUCUAUAUUUGUCUGGACAUAACAUCUAAACCCUGAGCCUAAAAUCACUUCUGAGUUCUUACACAGAGCAGACUGUCCUUAUAAAAAUAGAGGUUCACACUGUCACACACACACACACACACACCUGGCUGUGUCUCUGCAUGUUUGUCUUUGUUUUAACGUUUAUGUGUCUGUCCUUUCAGAUUAAUUUAUUUUUGUUAAUAAAGAUUCUUCAUAAAGCUGCAUGCCUCCAAUGACUUCAUGACUUACAUAUCACCUCUUCACCUUCUGAAUCACAUGAGAGUUUUAACUUUGACUGUUGGAGCAUAAAAUGACUUUAGGAUAAACUUCAGGAUAUUUUUCACACAGUGUUAACUAUUGACUGUUAUAUUUAAAACCUUAGAAUUUAUCACCUGUAUUUCAUCAAUUCAUUAUCUGAAAAUGUUUUUAAGUCUCUCCAACU